AUGGCCGACGCUCAAUUCGAUAGUGCGCUCGACCUCCUCCGGCGGCUGAAUCCCCGCGAUACAAAGCAGAAUCUGCAGGCUAUUACUUCCAUCGUCCCUGACCUCACCGAAGAUCUUCUCUCCUCUGUCGACCAGCCGCUCGAGAUCCGCCGAUGCCCCAAGACAAAGCGCGAUUACCUGCUCUGCGACUAUAACCGCGAUGGCGAUAGCUACAGGUCUCCCUGGAGCAACGAGUUCGACCCCCCUCUCGAUGACGGGACAGUUCCGAGUGAGAGAGUACGGAAGCUAGAGGUCGCCGCUAACGAUGCGUUUGAUGUCUACCGGGAGCUCUACUACGAGGGCGGCGUUGGGAGUGUGUACUUUUGGGAUUUGGACGAUGGAUUCGCCGGUGUUAUCCUCUUGAAAAAGGGAACAUCGCCCGGCGGAAAACAGUCCGGUGAAUGGGACAGCAUCCACGUAUUCGAAGCUACCGACCGAGGACGAGCAGCCCACUACAAGCUCACCAGCACGGUAAUCCUGCAUCUUGCCAACGAAACCGAGGCUCUUGGCGAGAUGGAUCUGAGCGGAAAUAUGACUAGGCAGAUUGAGCUUGAUCUUCCUGUUGAGUCGGACGUCAGCCAUGUUGCUAACGUUGGGCGAUUGGUGGAGGAUAUGGAGUUGAAGAUGAGGAACUUGCUACAGGAGGUUUACUUUGGGAAAGCCAAGGAUGUUGUUGGCGAGCUUAGGAGCCUCGCUCCGCUAUCGGAAACAAACAGAGACAGAGCUACCCAGCAAGAGAUGAUCCGAUCUUUGCAGCGGUAG